ACACAAAUGGAGGAGACCCAGAAAAGUCAAACCGAAAUCCCACCGAAACCGGCCAUGGCUUCAUGUAGGAGGAAGGCAAAGGAGGAUGCCACUUUCUUCGAGGACGUGAAAGAUCACAUCGAUGAGUUCAUACAUGCUUCAAUGGAUGAACACAAGACUUGCUUCCAAAAGACCAUCAACAAGAUGUUUGGAAUGUCCAAGGCUGUCGCUGAGAAGCAAGCCGAGGAAGCCAAGGGAGUCGAGAGUCAACUGCCUCUUCAAACAACAGUGUCAGAUUAA